AUGAAGAUCAGGUACUGGCUUGCAGCGAAUUAUGGAGGAUAUGGUCUUCUCUUGCAUGGUCAAAAGCAUUCUAUAUGGGGGAACUUGCAGGCCGUCGCCUCUGUGAACCAGGGAACUGGCAGCGUGGAGAUCAACCAUCUAGCACAAUUAUUCCUAAGAGGGAGUCGCAUAUAUCUGAAUCGACGUCCUAAAAAUCUUGCUCUUUGGGAUACACCUAAUAUACCCGACCCAAAAUUUUACUUCUCUGCUGGAAGAUGUACUGUCUGGGUCUAUAUUCCAUUAAAAAAUUGUUACAUCCGAUCUUUACAUGUGCAUACCAGUCACCUGAUUGGUAUAAAGUCUAGUACUAGUGUAGUGGUUCUUGGUCAGUGUCGCCAUGACUUGACUCGAGAAGAUUUUGGUAUUUCGUUGUACGGCCUCCACUGGCAACAGUUUAUAGUAGCUCAUACGUCGAGGCUAGACCCGAGUCAAUGGAAUGCGGCUAAGCUUUAUGAGAGGAUGUAUGAGGAGAGGUAUGAGGAGCUGUGGGAGGAUAUCGGACUCACUCGUUGCGAGACACUAAAACCAGCGAAGGCAUCGAAGUGGAUAGUUGCUUGCUGCAGUGUAUUAAGAUUCAGUUGA